AUGCGUCGCGGCGUCACGCGUCUCGCCGGUGCGGCUGCGGACGUGGGAGCACUGAAGUUCGACGUCAUCGUGGUUGGCGGCGGCGCCAGCGGCUCCCUUAUUGCCGGUCGGCUGGCGAUGGAGAACCUCAAGACGCUCGUCAUCGAGGAGGGCGCCGAUAUCCGCAAGUGCCCGGAGUGGUACCACACGCUUCCCGCGAGCACCAUCGCCCACCGCCUGGCUCAGCGCGGCUUCGAGGCCAAGGACACUCUGACGACGCCGCAGCAGCAUCCGGACGGAGUGACAAAGGCUCCGGUGUGGAUUCCGACGCCGCGGGUGCUUGGCGGACACGGUGUAAUGGGCAGUCGUACGUGGAACCUCGGCGAUGAGCGCGACUGGGAGGGGAGCCCGUGGAGCUUCCGCGACGAGCUGCUGCCGCGUGUGCGCACCUUCGAAAACAUGGAGGUGUUUGUGCCGCACCGCGGCAAGCGAGGGAAGUUCCUCAUUUGCCGCCCGCUGAACUUCUCGCCGUACUUUAAGGCGUUUUGCGAGGCAGCAUCGCAGGACGUGCCGCUCAUGAGCGAGUUCACGCGCAAGGAGUUCCAGAUCGACUGCGGCUGCGGGAGGCCCGACACGUUCGUAGACCAGUCGCUGGGUGUCGCCAACACCACCCUGCAACGGUACCUGCUCGGCACCAUCAAGCUGAACCGCCCCGUUCGCGUGGAGUGCGGUGCCAAGGUGGUCGGUAUCCGCGGCAGCGGUGGCAACGCGAGCACCGCUGCCGGCGUGUCGCUGCGCCGUGCAGAUGGCCAGUUGGUGGAUGUGGAGAGCACUCUAGUGGUGGUGAGUGCGGGUAGCAUCGGCAGCGCGCGGCUGCUGACGGCGUCGCGCGGCAGCGUCGACGUGGACGCUUCAGUUGGGCAGCACUUCUGGGACAUACCGCAGGUGGUGCUGCAGUACCACGUGAAGAACCGUGACAGCCACAACUGCUAUCUGGACCCGCUUGUGUGCCAGGUGCUGAGGCUGGAUCUUUGGUACGGGCGACCACAGCUUAGCCUCCGAUCCAGCUGGGAUGACCUUAUCAUGUACUGGUCCUCCACCGGGUCGUCGACGCCAGAUGUCGAGAUCCAGUUUCAGCCAUUCACACUGACGAACGACGGCACGCAGCCGAUGCCGAGAGAGCACGGCUGCCAGUUCGUCGUACGCCCCCUGCGGCCGCGCAGUCGUGGGGAGGUGAGCGCGAACGGCAGCAUCGAUCCCAACUACUUCAGCGAUGCAGGCGACCUCGCCGCUCUGCAGAAGGGCGUCGCGUAUGUUAAGGACUGCCUCGUGAAGAAGACGCCUUUUGUACCAAUCAUUGACGCCCUCGCUCACGAGCGCUUCGAGUCCUCCGGCAUCAACGGUGGGAGCUGUGCCGACGCAGUCGACCCGCAGAACUGCCGCCUCAAGGGUGUGAGCAAUGUGUACGUGUGCGAUCACAGCAUCCUGCCGAGCCCGCUAACUGGCAGUACGCUCCCUUACACGUUAGCGCUGGCGGACCGGUUUGUGGACAAGCUGCUGAGGAGGCGCGAUGUGAAACACAAGGUGGAAAAAGACGCCGCUGCACAGGAAACGCGCAUCGUCUACUAG